UUUGAUACAAUAAUAGUUUAAAAUUUCGGUACUGAGUGACUUUUGUUUAUAAACUUUGAGGUAUAGUUAAGCUGUGUCUGUCGUAUUGACAGCAGUGAGAUUUUCUUUUCUUUUAAUUUUGUAAACUAUAAGAAAAAAGGUGAAAUAUUUUGAAAAAUGUAUGAAAAACGUGAUGAAAUACAUGUUAGAAAAAAAGUUAGACAAGAGAAAAAUUGGAAAGCAAAUGUUAUGAAGUUGGCAAAAAAUAAGGGAAUGGAAUAUAUUUCUACUUCUAAUAAAUUAAUACCGGCAAAGAAAUUUAUUCCUGUCAAAAAAUGUUGUUUUAAGAAGUGUUUUGAGCAAGUUGAUGUUUCACAACAAAAAGGAUUCUUUAAUUUUUUUUGGGAAUCAGCUGGAGAUUAUAAAUCUCAAAAUUUUAUAUUAAAUGGAUUAAUGACGAAGAAGCCAUUUGACAGAAAUCGAGGAACUGUGGUUUUGUGGGAUUAUUCUUUUAUUUUUACAUCAGAGGAAACAUUGCAUGUUCCUGUUUGUCAAAAAUUUGUAUGCAAUUUAAUUAAUAUAAAAAAGGGUAGAUUUACUACAAUUCAAAAAAAAUUGUUGAAUAAUGAGUCACUUGAGGAUCAUCGAGGUACACAUAAUAAUCGUAACUUACGAUUAAAUGAAGAUUUAAAAAAAAUGAUAUACGAACAUUGUAUGUUAAUACCUCACAGUGCAUCACACUAUGCUCAACAAAAAUCAAAAUUACUAUAUUUUGAUAACCCUGAGCUUACAAUCAGGAAGCUACAUAAAUUGUUUCUCGAAUAUCAUUAUAAAAAAACUUGUGAUUCUAAUCCUCCUAUUAGUGAAUCGACUUAUUCCAAAUACAUAAACCAUCAUUUAAAUUUUAGUUUCUCGAAACCUCGCACUGAUGUGUGUAAUUUUUGUUUUGAGCAUCGAAACAGUCCCAAAAGUACAGAAUUUAAAGAACAUAAAACACAUGUUACUAAUCACAAGAUUUUAAAACAAAAAUUAUUAUCUGAUAAAGAUGCGUUAUGCUUAGAAUUCGAUUUCGGGCAAAAUUUACAAUUACCAAAAAUUCCAGUAAACGAACAGUAUUAUAAACGUCUAAUUUCUUUAAAUGUUCUAAAUAUUCACACAUUCGGCAAAAACAAAAAUAGUUAUAUGUAUUUUUUUUAUCGAAAAUCAACUAAAAAAAGGUGCUAAUACAAUUUGUAAUUUUCUAUUUGAUGCCAUAAAACGCGAGCUUCAAUUAAAUCAUUAUAACAAAAUUUAUUUAUUUUCGGACAAUUGCGGUGGCCAAAAUAAAAAUUACUUAUUACUUAACUUCCUUACACUAUUGUCACAAAAAUUACAGUUAGAGAUCCAACAUUUAUAUCCAGUUAGAGGCCACAGCUAUUGUUCAUGUGAUCGAAACUUCGGACUUUAUGGCCAAAAAAGUAAAAAAGCUGAAGUUAUUGAAAUCGAUGAAGAUUACUUUCAACUUAUAAGAAGCGCAAGAAGCCCACCUUUUAUAUUAAUUAAACCAACUGACAUUAUAAUGCAUGAUUUUGAACAAUUAAUACCAAAGAAGUGUACGAUUCCCAAAAAUUUGAAUAUUCGAGAUACUGUUAGAAUUAUUUAUUUUCCCAACAAUCUUGUAAAAGUUUAUCGCGAUUACAAUGAGAAAGUUAAUGAUUAUAUUAUAACUUCGGAGGUAGACUUCGAUGAUUUGCUUAA